AUGAAGUUCUCGACCUUCUCCAUUGGCCUUCUUGCUACCUGUGCAUUGCUGCAACCUGCUGUAACUGCUCAAAUCACUUUCGUUGAUGACUGUGACUCUACAACUAUUCAAGAAGAUAGAUGUUGCAUUGCAUCCAAUGGCAUCGAUGUUUGUUCUAAUCUCCCUAGUGUUGACGGCGUUUUCACUGUUUCGAAAGGUUCUUGCACAGGUGGAUUGUACUGUUGUGCUUAUGCGGGAAGCAGUGGAGGAAGCGCGAUCAUUGGUGAAAAUAGUUGCACUCCUGAGCCGGGCUUUGUGGACCCUACAGGAGAAUCGACUACUAAGGACCAAUCUUGCACAUUUGCAGGAAAUACUGAAGGUGACUUUAAAGUAGGAGAUGGUUCUUGCAAAGGUUCGGUAGCAUGUUAUCAAGCUGCACAAGUAAAAGGUAAGGCGGUUGUUGGAAACGGCAGCUGCAAUGCAGGUUUUAGUGCCUGUGCUCGUAUUGGCUAUGGGACUUCAACUGCCAUCAUUGGAGAUGGCAGUUGUAUUAAUUGGCAAGCUUGUAUGGAAGCUGGUCGAGGAGGAUCAGCCGAGAUUGGGACCAACAGUUGUAUUGGUACAAAUGCCUGCUACCAAGUUGGUUGUCACGAAGACGGCAUUGUUGGAGACAAUAGUUGUGUUGGUUUUCAUGCCUGUUUCGGCCUCGGAUCUGCAUCAUAUCAGGACAUCGAUAGAGCAUCGCGAAUUGGGAGCAACUCGUGCAACUGUGACAACUGCUGUUCUUGCCUUGGUCAAGAUGACAAAGUGAAUAUCCCCAACAACUCUUGUAAUGAACUUGAGCUCUCAGAUGGUUCCAAUGGCCCUCAAUGUUGCACGACAGACGCAGCCAGAGGAACUCUUCCCAUAGCGGAUGAUAUUACUGUCACUCCCACCCCCCCGGGUGGAUCGGGUGGUGACAGUGGUCCGACUUUCAACCUUCAAGACUACACAGUCCCAGCACCCGUUUGCGCCAUC